GUUGACCAUUCGCAGUAGAUUCUCCUGUUUAGGGCGACUUGUUUCGGGAGCAUUGGGAUCUCCAAGUUGUAGAAGGGUAUCGUCUACAAUAGUACCAGCCGGCAUGAACACAUGAUCCAUGACUUUCUGCUUUAUCUGAAACAAAUUUUUUGCAGUUUUGAGUCCAAUGCCUGAGAGGAACAGAACCCCGAAGAGAAAAUUUGAUGGUUACACUGCAACAUUACCUCCACUUGAUGAUUUUGAUUCCUUGUACUACCUUCGCUGCCAUUCCGAGGACAACGAUCCAAAUGAUAACGAGACUAAAGUAUGGAGGUGUGCCUUUGAACCAAGGAAGGACAACUCUGGUAACACAAAUGUGUUAGCAACAUGUGGUGGAAAUAUUGUUUGUUUUAUUGACUGCAUCAGUGGGCGUGUCCUCAGGAGGUAUAAGGAUGACAAUGUCAAAGAGUCCUUUUAUACCUUAGCUUGGACAACACUGGAAACUACUGAUGGCAAAGGUUGUAACAUUCUGGCAGUUGCAGGGGAAGGUCGUGCCAUCAAGCUGAUUCAUCCAUCUCAACUUGUAAUGUAUGGAAAACUGCACGGUCACAAGAAGUAUGUCAGUUGUCUUCUCUUCCAUCCCAGCAUGCCACAUUGUCUCUUCAGUGGUGGUCAAGAGGGUUUAAUAUAUAUGUGGCAUAUCUGCAAACCAGAUGGAAGUCAACAUGUCUCGAUCACAAAUCCAGUGUUGAAAAUUGAUGUACCCGACACCGAUGCAAUCAACCUGGUGUUCUGUUUGAAAACCAACACACUGCUCGCAGCAUGUGAGGAAGCUUGCUUGGGUUGGAAUCUUGAUGCCAAGGAUAUUAAUUCCAAGAAUAAGAAGACUAAACUAAUUCCAGAACCUUCAUUCAAGUGUGUGUUCCCAGAUGCCAAUCCUAAUUUGACUGUUGAUGGGUUAGCUAGUCUACACGAUCAGUUUGUCGCUACCAAGCAGGUUGGUACUGGCAGGAUUCAUAUCUGGGACCUUGCAGAACAUGCUUCUUUAAAGAAGAAGAAAAUAAAAGUCCAACCACUGGCCACACUAGAAUACGCAUAUACAGAUGUGGAUUAUCUCAACUUUGGGUUUGCUGCUGGCAUCUUGGCAGUUGGUGAUGACAAAGGCAGCAUCUUUCUAUAUAAUGUGGAAAACAUCCUCAAGAAGAAGAAGAGUCUUGACAGCUUACUUGUUCCCUCAAAGAUUCUUGAGUGGCCUGUCUUGGAGUGUGAUGAAGAGACUGGUAUCGACAUGAAGAAACUCAGUGAAAACAAGAAAAUAGUGGUGAAUGCUGUUGCUGUCAGUGCAGAUAAGGACUAUAUUGCCUUUGGAACAGACAAUAAUCUUGUGUGUAUCUUGAACCGAGUCACAUGAUGGGUGAUGAAGAUGAAUGUUCCCUGUGAUCUUUUCGACAGUCACAUUUGUGGGAUUUUUACUUGUAGUUAACCUCGGGUGAUAAAAGUAAUAAAGCAUCAGUCCAUGUUUAUAACACUGGUGCAGAAAUACUGUUAGUAAGUUGGUGACAUUAAUUUGAAAUCCUGUUCAUAUGCUUACCUUUGUUUGACACCCAAUACCAAACAUUCAUUUAUUCCUUAAUUUGAAAAUACACUGCUAAAUUAAUUUUGUUAGCCUGACUAUAUGUAAUUUUCUUGUUAGUGUGUACAUGUAGAUGUAUUAACAAAAUUCCACUUUGCAAAUGAGGACUAUCUUUUUCAACUACAAAAAUUGAUUCAUAUUAUGUAGUUUUUUCCCUAGCUUGUUUUAGCAUGGUGCAGCACCAUACCUCAAUAGUGUAACACCAUCUUGCCUUAAUCAGCAUCAUGCUGCCCUGAGAUUAAAGGAGCCUUUUUCCCUAAUUAAU